CAUAGCCUUGCUUUUUACACCAUGCUUGUGACUGCAAUUUCCUCCGCAAUUUUACAACUGACUGAUAAAGUCUUUAUAUCUGAACAGGAUUACUCACAUUUUGUGCAUGUUAGUUAUAAAAUGCCUACCACAUGCAGUGCUCCAAGAUGCACGAACUCUAAUAAAAACGGAUAUUGUUGCACAAUGUUUGCCCAAGAUCCUAAAUUGAAACAAAAAUGGAUUGAUGCUGCUGGAAUUCCUGAUUGGAAACCAUCAAAAUCAGCUGUACUGUGUGAGGUUCAUUUUCAUUCAUCAGAAGUAUUCCGCAUUGGUAGGAAAAAACUUAUAAGGAAAGGUGCUAUACCAAUUUUGUUUUGUAAAUGUCAACAACCUAUGAAAAGGAAAUCUCUUAUAGAAAUUCAACCAGAACAGCAAUGUAAUGAAUCAUUUCUUCCUCACAAAAAAACAGAAUUAAGGAGUGAUCACUCAUAUGUUGCUACAGAAAAAAAGAGAUAUAGAAAACAGUAUGUAAUUAAUGAAUUGCAAGAACAUAAUUAUUUUUCUCUUUCAAAAAAAAGAAAACUUUUUGAGUCACGUAAGAAGUAUGUCCAUACUACACAUUGUGUUACAAUGAAAAAACCCAUUGAUAUAAAUACAUUGGAGACAUAUCAAUAACCUAAAGAGGAAAAUUUUACAGAUCAAAUUCUAAUCUAGACAUAAAUAUAUCAUCAGAAUGUACUGCAAGCCAAAUAUUGAUGGAGAGUUUAUCUAGUCGAGAAGAAUAUGAAAUAUUAUUUUCUAAAAGAAAAAUUAAAAAUAGCUGAAAAAGAAAGCGAGCCUAAAAAGUAGAGUUAAUGACUUAGAAAAAAAAUCGAGAAAUAUAUAUAGAAAUAAUCAAUAUAGUUUUUAAUAAAGAGAUCAACAAAGAGCAACUGUAAAUGAUACCACAAGAAGUUCCAAGUGGUCAGAUGAAACAAUCAAAAAAGGAUUAAACUUGCAUGUGAAUCACAUGGUUAUAAUCAGAUAAUUGCACUUGUUGCUCCAUUUCCUUCAUUGAGAACUCUAAGAAAUAAGAUACAGCAUAUUAAAUUUGAACCUGAAAUAUUAAAAAAUGUUUUUAAAUAUCCGGAGUUAAUCGUUCCUCAUAUUCCACCUACAUGGAAAAUUAUUUGGAACUAGUAUUUAAUGAAAUGGUGAUUAAAGAGCAAAUUGAUUUUGAUACAAGUACAGGAGCAUAUAUUGAAAAUGUGACAUUGCCUGGCAAUACAAAUAAAUUAGCAUGUAAAGCUUUACUUUUUCAAAUGUUUGGACUUGGUUUUCAUUGGAAGCAGUAUGUAGCUUAUCACUUUACAUCAUCUUAUUCAGUAAAUGAUGUAAUUUUUUUUAAAAAGGUUAUUUUAGAAAUACUCCAAAAAUGCUAUCGUGUAGAUUUGGAAGUAAUUGUAUUGGUUUGUGAUAUGGGAAAUAGAGGAUUGCUCACAAAAUUAGGAUUUAAAACUAUCAAGGCAGAUAUAACAUUAUAACACGUCCUUGCGAUCUAGAGGUCAUGCCGCAGUUGAUUCCAGAUCGUGUUCAUGUUUUUAAAAAUUUGAAAGAAAUGGCUAUGAAAAAUCAAUUUAUUUACUUACUAAGAUGUUAUAGAACUCUACAAUUUACCUAGUAAUGUUGUUAAUAUGGGUCAUUGAAUGUGACCCAUAGGUUAAAUUCAUAUCAGUCUCAAAAUUGCAUGGAGAUCAAACUUGUGCCUAAAUUAAACAAAACAGUAUUAACCCUUCCGUCCACUAUGGGGGUCUUUUUCGACCCAAGCGAAAUUUCAAAGUGCUGUAACUUUUGAAAACGGGCACUGAAGGCGCCAUAUCCCCUCCCUGAUUGUUACUCGCUAAUUAUGAUAUUAUGAUUGGGACUUCAAGUUGAAGGUUGAAAGAAGUUCCAUGAAUUUUUUCAGAUUUUUUAAAGCACUUUUACUGGUCCAAAAAACGCCAAGACGAUAACGACCCCCGUAGUGGACUGAAAGGUGCCGAAAAAACGUAGUGGACGGAAGGGUUAAGACUAAAUUUUACCGAUCAAAUUUUCGGUAAAAUAAAAGUCACAAAUUCAACUAGAGUUAUAAAUUAUUCCACUGCAUCUGCAUUAACAUUUUUAAUCCAAAAAAGUGAUGGACUUCCGCAAAUGAAAACAACAAUCUAGUUUAUCAGAUUGAUUAGGAAAUGAUUUGACGUAAUAACCGAAAGAAACCUACGCCAUGCUUUAAAUUUUCACAACCUUCAAAAAUAUGAUAUAAUAGAACUUCUAAAACUAGUAUGUCAUAUUUUCAAAAAUACGAAAGCUGGAAAGUUUAUAGAAACCAUCUCAGACCCAUGUAAUAUCUUUCUCUCUAGUAAUAUUUACCACGAAAUCAAUGAUUCAGCUACAAGAUCGUCUUUUAAACGAGAAAGUUUCUUUUCUUUUUUCCAAGACGAGCAAGUCAAGAUAGUUUGGAAAGUGGUUUUGGAAACGUACGUAAAGGAUGCCAACAGCUCUUCAGUUUAAAUACAGACUAACAUAUGUAUAUAGCAGGAAAUCACGCAAUACCUACCUCUAGUUAUACAUACAAUAAAGCAUAUCUUCCCUUUUGAAUGCAUUUCUAACUAAAUUAAAUGAAAAAGAACAAGCACAUUACGAUUUCCCUAAAUUAAAUAGUUGCGAGCCUAUGUCAAAGCACUAUACAACAAAUAUUUUAUAGAAUGUGUGGAUAUGUUGUUUUCAAAUUGAGGAAUUUCAUCAAAUGUGAAGAUUAUUACUUGAAAUUGCAAGAUAAUUCUGAUUUGACGUUUACACCAUCCUUUUUAUCUGCCUUUAUAGCUAUUUUAGAUUAUACUCCUGGAGCUCAAAUAGGAAUUAGUAAAGAAGUGUUUGAUAUUCUUGAAGAGGCAGAAAGAAUUAUAUGGAAAAUCAAGUCCAAAUUAUUUCUCUUAGACAAGACUUUGAAUGACAGUUUAAUAUCUUAUCUUCAUACUGCUUUGAAAUAUCUCCCUUUAAGCAUUUGUCAUUAUAUUAGGGACAAAUUAAUAUCUCGAUUUGUGUCAAUGCGUGUAAAACAAUUAUUGGUAACUCUGAGUGCUACAAAAAUAUGAACAAGAAUAUAUCAUCAGCUUUUGGAAGUAAGACGAUGGGAACAGGAAUAUUAGCUGAUAGAUUCAAACAGAAAAAUUAUGCACGAAAAUAUUGAGUUGAAGAUAAAGUUAUUUUUUAGAUUAAAG